AAAUAAAAUAAAGUCGGCAAGUCCGGCACGGCAUCGAUUCCCUCCCACUCAUCAUCUAGUUGCCUACUUUAUCUCAACUCUUUAUUAGUAGGCCGGAACAAAGCCCAUUAUAAAGCCCAACUUACUGGAGCGUGUAUCAUAAGUUCUGGAAUCGUCGAAAGCAGAGCCGAAUUCUCUCCUCCUAUGGCGAUGAGAAAACGUAAACAGCAGGUCACGGAGGAAAACCUAACCCUAACUGUAUCCGGAUCAUCCGGUGAAAGAUGUGCAAUCGAAUACUUUGCUCCCAUCCCUGUUGAUCUCGUCAUCAAAAUCUUGUCGAGGUUGUUAUCCGGCAAGUCUAUGGCUCAGUGUCGUUGUGUAUGUAAGCUCUGGUCAUCCAUAAUUCGCCGUCAAAAUUAUAAUCAGUUGUUCCCGAUCAAUUCUACGGAUCCACCGAGGCUCCUUUUAACCUUCUUAUUUGGAGAAAAUCUCUACUCCUGCUCGGUACCUCAAAAACUUGAUAACAACUCUACUAAUAAUGUUGUUACAGCCACGUUUCUUCGUCACAGAGUUUCCCCUCGCACAUUUUUCUCUCUAACCUGUCGCCCUGUUCGUGGACUGGUUUGUCACCAACUUGAGGAAAAGAAUCAUGUCAUGGCUGUGAUCUCUAAUCCCAUCACAGGAGAGUAUAUCACCUCACCCAAAGUGAAAACGUAUGGGAUCGACUUGGAGCCAAAAAACUAUUUUGGGUAUGAUCCCAUUGGAAAUAAAUUCAAGGUAUUGUGCUUAACUUGGUCGCAACGUGGAACACUUGAGCAUCAAGUUCUCACAUUGGAAGACACUGGAAGAAAACUCAUGUGGAGAAAGAUACCAUGUUGCAUAUCUUAUUCUCCCCUAGAUGAUGGGGUAUGCAUCAAUGGUGUUUUGUAUUACAAUAUAGUAUCCUUGGGAAAAUGUAUGAUUGUCAGCUUUAAUGUUAGGUCUGAGAAAUUUGAUUUUAUAAACAUGAUACCUCAGACUCAGAGUAUACGUUUUAGGGACAGAACUCCUACUCUGUGUAAGCUAUGUGCAGUUGAUGGUAGUUUCGUGUUUUGGGUUUUAGAGGAUGCCGAGGAGGAACAUAAAUGGACAAAGCAUAUCUUGGUGGAUCCCUUUAAAUGGAAUCCAAAGCAUGUAUUCGCUGUUGGGGUGACUGAUAGAGAUGAAAUUGUCUUGUCACCAAAAUAUGCACUUAGGAGACCCCUUCUACAUUUAUUACUGCAAUCUAGAGAGCAACACUAA